AUGGCUAGUGAGGAUCCGGUUAAGGACUAUCUUACCAAGAUAUCGGCCUUGCAAGCCAACAUUGGAACGCUUCAGGCGCAGCUACGGCAGAGCACCGACCAAAUAGAGCGCCUUCAUCGUCUACAGAGUGCCAUAGUAGGAAUGUAUCUGGAAUUCAAAGAUCGAUCGCAUGAGGAUGCCUCGACACGCCGCAAUAUUGACGAGGAGAAGGCCGAGCUUUUGGGGGAAUCUCCUCUCGUGAUUCUUGAUAAACUGCGGGCUUCCCUCCGCGUCCUGUUGGCCUUCAAAGAGGAUUUCGAGUGCGAGCUCAAGGCAGCUAUUUCACGACAAAUUUCAGAAAAGGACGCUACAGCGAAGGAUCUGUCUGCUCGACUGGUGGCUGCGCAAGAGAAGAUUCGAGAUCUUACUAGUCAGUUAAACAACAUCCGCAAAUAUCAAGAGGACUCUAUGGAUAGGGAGAGGAGCAUCAAGAAGCGAGCAGAUGAGCGAAAUUCUCAAAUGGAAACAGAAAUAGCACAGCUCAAGGCUAAGCUCGAUGAAAAGAAUACCCAGAUCCAAGGGAUGAAGGAUCUCGUUGCAGAGAGAGAUGAUCUGUUACGGAACAGGGAUACUCGUCUCUCCCGAAUCUCUCAAUUGGAGUCUCAAUUGCAGCUCAACCGCCUCCAGUCUCAGUUCGACCUAUCAAAAGUCCAAACGGCAAGCCGCCAGAAGAUCAUUCAAUUGGAAAAAGAAGCUCUUAAGUUCAACCGUUUAGAAGCAGAAAAUGCAGAGCUUCGCGAGCGUGUUCGGACGAUGUCCACUCAGUUGGGAUCUUACCAGACAAACAUGCAGGUCAAAAAGACCAAUUUACUGGAGCAGGAACUUGCACGCUGCAAGCAAGAGCUAGAGGGUUAUAAGAGCAAGUUGGCUCUGAAAGAAGAGAGACUUCGGACAACGGAAGCAAAUCUGGCUCAAUCAAAGCUGCAAGUGGCCAACUUACAUCAAAAGAUAUCAGCCCUGGCCGGGGAUACAACUACUUCACAGCCCAUUCAAGGAAAAUCAACCCCCAAGGGGAACACUUCUUCCCCGGUACGUGGAAGUAUGAGCGCACGCGCUGCAAAGCAAACGCGCAUCUCUCCAGGUAUCGACACAACGGGUGAUCCCCAUGAUGUAGAGACAUCAAUAGCAGAGGCUUCACAGCAACACAUCAUUUCCAGUUACAAGGAUAAGCUCAAGGAAAAGGACUUAGAGAUAGAGGAAUUAGCAAAGAGAGUUCGGAGACUAUUGACACUGCAGCACAGAUCUGCACUGUCUCAGCGUGCCUGGGAAGAGGAGAGGACCAGACUAGAGAAGCAAAUAAGUGGGCUACGAGAUGAUGUGACUCAACUGCGCAAGAUUAUAGGCAAUAAGGCCAUGGGGCAGCUUACCCUCUCAGAAGAUAGACAAGAUGCUAAAGACGAUGCCGCACGAGACAUCCAAAACCUUCGGGCCUUUGCCAUAACCACGAGUCAUGCUUUCAAUCAGUUGCAGUCUGGCGACAAAGGUGUUUCGAAUAACUUCAAACGCCUAAAUAUUCAGCAGCUUGAUCCGGUCAUUGAUCCACGGGGGUCCAGGCCCUUGACAAGCAGACCAAUCUCCAGCGGAGGGGCCGGUAGCAAGAGUAUGGUAACUGAAUAUGGGGCCUCAUCCCCCAACCGAGCCCGGCCAGUAAGUGCUGCUCAAUCAAACAAAACAGGCCGCGGGGCCGGGUACGGUCGUGGGACAAUGCUUGGGCGGACGGCUCGCAUGGGGACUACGUAUAAUUUUGGGCUAGACUAG